UUCGGAUUGGUCCGGUGGGAAGCUUCCUUAUGCAGUACCUCCUAUUGAACCACAGUACGUACCAUCUCUCACUUGUGCUUUGACCAUCAUGUCGUCUGAAACUCCUUUCCAAAUCAAUGUCCCCGACGAGAAAACUGACCGCCCUACGCGCUAAACUUCAACUCGCUACUUUCCCGGAUGAACUGGAGAAUGCCCAGUGGAAGUUUGGCUCACCUCUGGCAGAUAUAAAGAGGCUCACAGAGAGGUGGAAGAAACGGGCAAUCAAUGAAGAGUUGCCAAUGUUUACCCGCGAUAUUGACAAGAGCGAAACUGUUGACGCCAUUCCGCUGUUGUUUUGUCACGGAUGGCCUGGAAGCUUCUUUGAAGUCAUCAAGAUUUUGCCCCUUCUGACUGCAUCGACCGCUGAACACCCUAGCUUUCAUGUUGUGGCGCUUAGUUUGCCCGGUUUUAGCUUUUCGGAGGCUCCCCACAAGCAAGGCUUUGCUCACAAACUCAUGGUCGCCCUUGGGUACAACGAGUAUGUUACCCAGGGAGGUGACUGGGGUGGCAUCAUCACUAGGAAAAUGGCUUCUACGUAUGGUGGGAGGCACCUCAAGGCAUGGCACACCAACAUUCCAAUUCCUGAACCACCGAGCUGGAAAUCGCCAUUGUCUUUCUUGUCUUUCUUGCUAACUCCGUGGUCUAUAGAGGAAAAGGCAGGCAUCGAGCGCACCAAGUGGUUCCGUACCCAAGGACAAGGCUACUACACUCAACAGAGCACCCAACCACAGACACUCGGUUACAGUCUCACUGAUAGCCCUGUUGGCCUGCUUGCUUGGAUCUAUGAGAAACUGGUCCUUUGGACCGACAAUUACUACUGGUCUGAUGAUGAAGUGCUGACGUGGAUCUCAUUGUACUGGUUCUCCCGUGCCGGCCCUGCUGCCUCCCUCCGCAUUUACUUUGAAUUGCGUGCCGAUACCGAGGAUAUGGGCCGAAACCCCACUAUUCCUAUGGGAGCUUCGUUUUUCCCAAAGGAGCUCAUAGUUUUACCCGCAGCGUGGCUGCGCAAGUCGAACAACGUUGUUUUCGAGUCCCAUCACAAGACAGGGGGCCAUUUUGCUGCCACUGAACGGCCGGAAGAGCUUGUUCGGGAUGUGCGGAAGAUGUUCGCGAAAGGGAGUCCUGCGUUUGGAAUUGUCCCCGGAAGAACUGGAUAUGAUUCUCACGUUCAACAAUGAAUCGGAAUGAAUAUUGGGUGAAAGUGGACAUGGGCAAUGUAAUUCAGACUUUCUGUAUGAAAUCAUGUAUGCUAUUCAAUCAGCAUGAUUUGCUCGCGACUGUCUUCAUCAACAGCCGUGUC